AUGCAUCCGAGAAGGAUAGCGAAGCGAAUAAGUGCAAAGUCAAGAACCAGAGGAAUUUCAAAAAGACUUCAUGGAACUGCGGGUUUUGCACGCUUUAGACAACCUGAAAUUCCUAAAAAUUGGAAAUUCGAAACACAAAAGUUACGAGAAACAAUACAUACGUCAGUUUCGCACUGCCAUUACGAUGAUCAAUUCAGACGUGAAAGACUCAGAAAUGCUGUUUUUGAGGCGCUAAGUGGACAGAAAACAAUGAAAGGAGCUGCUACUGCACAUAACGUGCCAUUUACUACUUUGCAAACUUAUUUCCAUCGUUCACGAGUUCUAAUGGCAAAAAUAAUGAAUGAUAAUGAUGUACCGCCAGAACAAAUCCAGAUCCCCGUAUCUCUUACCUUUUCUUCGUUCGAUAUGGGUAACGCGCUCGCAGAAAACCAGUCUCUGAUAAAAUCAAAAAAAUCAGAGCGAUUGAAUUCGUUGAUGGAUGUUCUUGUGGCUAAAGUAAUGAAAAGUGAUGUCCGGAUUAACGAAAGUUUGCCACCCCGAGAUUUUGCAUCUCAACAACUAGGUUCCAGUAAAAGAAAGCCAAAAAAGGUUCACCGAUUAAUGCCAGCAUCAACAACGAAAAAUAAAAGCUUAGAAGAUUUUGAGUCGUCAGAUUGGUUCAGUGAUCAGUCACAGAAUAGUUCUGCUGAAAGUAUUACUGCCGAAUCGAAUGAAGUAAUAGCGAAGUAUAGUAAGGAAGAAGUGAUAGCAAUGAUUAGUUCUGUCUUCCCCGAUGUCACUUGUUUGCAGGAAAUGUGUAAUUCUUUUUUAAAAUCAGAUCCUGCUUUCGCAGAGUUUAAUAUUUGUCGAGUUAAACAAAUUCUGGAGCCGGACGGAAUACUGCGUAAAAAUAAAACUGAUUUCAAGAAGGCUAAUGAAAACAAGGGUCACGCAGUGCGUUUAUCGUCUGAGUCGCAAAACUACGAAUGUUUGGAUAAAAUAGAAAAGUGCAUAAAUGACGUUUGUCGUUUUUCGCAUUACCCAUCUUUGCAGCGGGAAGCGUUGCAUAAAGCUGUUGCAAUGGUGAUUCACGGCGAAUAUAGUGUUACUGCAGCAGCGAGUAUUAUGCAAUUGCCUACAUCAACGGUGCAUUCUUAUGUGCGUCGUGCACGAAUUGCAUUAGUGGCCUUUUUGCAAAAAACUGAAAUAUUGGAUAAUGAAAUAAUAGCUGAUGAAUGUAUUCUACGCAGUAAUCCUGUUUCGAAGGAAGUUGCGUUGGAUAUCUCAGAUCUUAUGAAUGUUUCAACUCACGACCUUAAUGGACAACAAAAUUUGCGCGAUGCACUUUUUGAAGUUUUGACGAAAGGUGUUCCAGUCACAGAAGUUUCUAGUGAUAUAGCACAUAGUGCGUUUCAAUCAUAUAUUACGAAAGCUCGCGUGCCUCUCGGACAAUGGCCUUAUCCAACAUCAUCUAACAUCGGGGAAAUAUCAACCGAUCUGGACGCAAAAUUGCCAAAUGAUAAUGCAGAUGAAGAGAAUGCUAACAAAAUGUUUACAAACACCGAACCCUUACCGGGAAAUACUUCUGCCGGUUUUACACGUGAGACUUAUAUUUCCGCUAUUGCCCAUCCAAACAUAACAAAAGAUCUUUUAAAACACGAAAGACAAUUUGGUGCCAGAAAUCUGUUAACGAAAGCAGGCGAAUCAACCAAUAACAGUCCUCAAACUGAAAGUUCGCUAAAUAGCUCAAUUUUUGGUCUCAAUAGCAGUAGUGACCAAUUUGAUAAUGGUAGCUAUAUCCAAUCAAACAUAUCAAAAAAUCGACCUAGACGCAGAAAGAAAAUUGUGAAUAUGAAUGCCACAAGUCCUGGAGAAAGGGAAUGGUUAACAAGGAAUGGUUCUGUUCUGUAUACUGAAAGUGGAAGUGACUACAGCGAUGACGAAUUUGACGGCUUACCGCGUUCGAUUCGAGGCGUAAUAAAACUUCUCUCCGAUACGAAGUCGAAUAGAAGAGUGCAGGGAUAUACUGGAACGCCAGAAAACUUGACUGUCAAAAUAGACAAGGCAAUUUUUGUCUUGCGUCAAUAUCGUUUUCGCGGUGAUCGGGAAAAAAUGCGCAAUGCGAUUUUCGAAGUCUUAUAUCAAUCAAAAACUCUUAGUGAAGCUUCUAAAAUGAAUAAUUUGGCUCCAACAACAUUAAAUACAUAUGUUCGCCUGGUAAAAAUGCUCAUCAACACAGAGAAAACUAAGGAAGAAUGCUCCAUCGAAUCAGCUGAAAAGCAAGAACUUCCGAUGGAACCUUCUAGCUCAGCAGAAGACACAAAGAUUUAUCGUGAACUUUUUGUUCAAAAUGUUGAUGUCAUGAUGUUACACACAAAACCGAUAAUAAACAAUGCGGAGAGUUUUUACAAAGUGCUAAUUACUUACCUUAUCGAACAACAGUAUCGACGAUCAGAGGAAGCCCAACGAAAGAUGUGUGCUAAUUUGGAAUAUGUAUUACUUGACGGCUUAUCGGUUACUGAAGCUUUGAAGGUUAACAAAGGCCCGUCAGAACAUGUUUUACAAGUUUAUUUAAGUCGAUGUCGUGAAGUUAAUAAGUGCAUAAAGACGGAAUUUCCGAAUUUUAAAUUAAGUGUCGCGCAGGCAGUAAAUAAGGGUUGCGCGAAUGGCAAACAAGAUGAAGUUUGCAUUUUUAUCGAUCUUUGUCGUAUUGCUAAAUAUAGUGUUGAUAUUCUUAUGCCAGUUAGAACACUGCUCUGUUCAGACUGUGUUUCAGUAGCGCAUAGUGACACAAGUGAAGUUAUUAAAAACAGCUCCAUGAAGCAUUUCAGCAAACAAGUUCAGAAGGAAAGCAAAGAAUCAUCGACUACCGGAUGGACUAUUGGAAGUUUGGAACAUCUUAACUUGAUUUUUUCUGAAGAUUUUUACAAGGCAUUGUAUGAUUAUUUAGAAAAGCUCAAUGGCGUGAAUUUUCCUAUUGAAGAUUCCCUUAUUGUUGGACUGGCAAAAAUGAUUAUUGAUGAACUUCCAGUGAACGAGCAAAUCUUUUUUGCGGACGCUGUUUGGGGUCAAUGGUUGACAAAUUACCGUAAGAAACAUCCAGAAUUUGAUGAGUAA